AUGCCUUGGCGUGCUCACACCCGUCUUAUGGCAGGGCGAACGACAACGCCACCGCUGGUUUAUCGGAACUUGGUCAGCGUGCCUAUGGCUUUACACCUGGGCGUACUGGCGAUCUACAUCGCGUUGUGUAUCGUCUGGCUGACAGACGUAGAGCAAAACAUCCAUGUCUCUCUGGCGAGCGCUGCUCGUACCCAGACCUGGAUCAACUUAGCGAGUCAUGUCAUCAUGCUCGCAUUCGCAACAGCUAUCAUCGCCCUCAUGCAACCCAUCGCAACACGCUCUCCCUUCGGCAACCUCCCACAAACACUAACAACACUUGCCGACAAAGUUUCCGCCUGGAGCGGGCUCGGGUCCUCCAUCCUCAGCCUCUUUCACAAUCUACGCUACCCAGCAACACUAAGCAACGCUCUCCUCACCACAACCUACUUCGCAACCCUCUCCGGUCUCGGAAUCAGCUCUUCCUUCCUAUUCGACGUUCCAGCCGUUAACUCUACUAUCUCGAGCAACAUGACUACCCGCAUCGGCACGCCAUCUGUGCGCGCGCUCGUCCCGCCCAGUAUCAACGGCGUUCCCAAAGACUUCUCCGCAAUCUCAUUCGACUGGUACCGUUCCGGCGUAGGCGUCGGCAUGUUGUUCGGCAGUAACGCGACGAUCUAUCCCGGUCUCAGCGCGAACAGGAUCUACGACACCCUCUCGCCGCCCAUGGGCGCUUCUUCCAACUCUUCCGUUGUCGUGGACUAUACUGACUUCAAUGUCAAGUGCGGCGCGGUGCCGGGCGUGUCGAUCUCCGCGAUGACGCCACAGGAUAUUCAGAAGCAGGUCAUUAGCGCUGCGGGGAAGGCGGCGGGAGGGUACGAUCUGAGGUUGCCGGCGCUGUUGCAAAUGAAUUAUACGUUGGGAGAGGAGAGUAUGGUGUUGUACGAUAGCCUGUCUAUCUCGGAGAUGAACACGUCGUUUGCGGUUAGUCGGCUAUGGCAGCCCGCUGAUGUCCUCGUGCGCGUCCCCAACAGUCCUCUUGUACCAGGCAUCGGCCGAAACCUCGUGCUGUACAACAUCUACAACGAAACUGGCCUCGUUGCAGGAAGCCAGCCUAUUCUCGACGCCAAAAACUCGACGGGUUCGCCUUGGCCCCUCAACGUACAGCGUCCGCAAGGGAUGCCUCCAUUUGUUACGGGUAUGAUGGUGCAAGCCAUCGGCUGUUCCUUGUUCACGAGCACGGGGCAGGCAACGAUUGACGGUACCACGAACGAGCUGCUCGAUCAACCUACACCUUCGGAACAAGCGGAUGUCAACAGUACAUGGGAUGGGUGGCAGCCCGACUUGACCAAGUCGAACAAGCUCGAAGACAUGUGGGCCUCUAUGUUCUUGCCCAACGGUUCAAUAAGCCUAUGGGACGACCAGCCGCAGCCAACCAACGGGCAGUGGUCAUGUAUCAACUACUUGCCUACCAACAGCAGCUCAAACUCCACGUGGAACAUCGAUCAACUGCAGCAGAUGUACCAGGGAUGUCACAUCCCGAUGCUCAUCGAAGAGUAUCUCACAACGCGACUCUUCGGUCCUUCGACAAUACGCUACAACGGUCUCGCGGCCUUCCUCGGAGACGUCACCCGCAGUCCCUUGGGACAAAACGCCACGCUUGCCACGCUCGAAUCAGCCCUUGCAAAUGCGACUGCCAUGACGAUGUGGUCGGCUGCGCGACAGAGCACACUUUCCACAUACACGGACGUUUCACCCAGCGAGCGCAAUCAGUCGAGCAAGCGUGCCUUUGUUUUUGAUGAGAACUCGCAGAUGCCGUUCUCGACGCGGCUGGCGCCGGCCACUGGUCACGCAGUCGUGAACGAGCAGGUGCUCGUAGGGCGCGUAUCUCUCAACGUGCCGUCGCUCAUCGUCGGGACGAUCCUGGCUGCGCUGUUGACCGGCAUCGGCAUGUACGUUCUCGCGCUCGGAGAUGCCCGUGUCGGAGGGGCGCCUAUCGAGGACGCCGGAUUAUUGAGCCUCAUGGCGCUGGACAACUCGGCGAUUGCUUCGCGCCUCACUGGGGCGAGCAUGUACAACUCGAAUACCAGGAGACGGGCAGGGGCGUUCUUGGUCAAGAUUGUGGAUGGUCGGCUUGUUCCUGUUGAAGGUGCCGGUGAGUACGAGUUGGACGGAAAGGGCUCGAGCCUCUAA